UGUCGCGUUAAUAUUAAGGAGGCAUUGAUGUCGGCGUAGGUAGAGACCGGAGCUAGUCAAGCGACUCGAAGCUUUCUCCGCAGUGUCCUUGUCACGUGUGGGGAUGGCGGGGCAUUUAUGCCUCAGGCAUGUAUCCCACAACCUCCCACCAGUUAUUGAAGCUGCAGCAAUACAUAUGCUGGCUAAGGAAUGCUGCGGCAUGUAGUGAAUGCAGCCUGAGACUGACAUACUGCACAUAUUUCAGCCUGUCAGAAUGUCUGUCUGGAAAAUGGACACCCUCUAUGCCCGGCUCGGAUGCCCCUCGUUCCUGGUGCACUCCCUCAGGUGCAAUAUCCGUUCGACUGGGGUCUUAAUUAACUAAGAUAGUAGGCAGCUUAAUUAAUCAGGAGAUGUGAUGCAUCAUCCCAAGCAUUCUGCGCAUGAUUCGUCGCGCUCUGUCUUCUCAGAUGAUCCUAGACACCCUCCUUACUCGACAUUCCAUACUGAUUCUCUUCCUCCCCGCCUAUCCAUAUCAAUAGGAAUACUUAAUUAUCCCAGCGGCAGCGGCGGGAUAUUACCCCUGUCAACUGCAUCAAUCCUCGAGCUGCUAUUGAUCCUACAGGCCUAGGAGAUCCUUUCCACCCACAGUUAACCCGACCUCUCCUCCAUUCUGAAUGUCUGGAUGUGUUUUGCGGUCCCACGACAGUAGCGGCGCUGGGCAAUCAAGAUGGAGGAAGCUCCCCAGCGGGUGCCCGUAGUCCCCACGGGCAGAAUGAGCAACACUUCCGGGCGGCCGCUUUCAACCACCGACGACACCUCCACCACCACAACUACUACUACCACUACGACCACCUCGACCACCUCCACCAUCACUGCGCUGACUAGCACGGCUGCUGCUGCUGUUGCUCCUCCUUCUGCUGCUGCUGCUGCUGCUGCUUCUCCUCGGUCCACUCCACCUCAGCCUUACCCUCGCCCGCCCUCCUCCACCGGUUCCUAUCCCUCGCCCAUCCCCUCUCCUGUUCCAGACCGUCGUCCAGUCCGCGGUCACGAGGGAGGAUUCGUGUAUCCCGCCUCCUUUCUCCGGCCGCGAGGUCUAUCACACCCAAUGCCCCCCGCCCAGCCCGAAAGGGCAAUCGAUCGGGAAGAGCGUCAGGCCCUACGUGCCAUUCGCAACUUCCUCAAAGUCCGUACCAGCUAUGAUGUCCUUCCGCUCAGUUUUCGACUUAUCAUGUUCGAUACGUCGCUGUCUGUCAAGGAGAGCUUGAACAUCCUCAUACAGAACGGUAUCGUUUCGGCUCCGUUAUGGGAUUCUACUUCUUCGACCUUUGCCGGCCUCCUUACCACGUCCGACUACAUCAAUGUCAUUCAGUACUACUACCAAAAUCCCGAGGCUUUGAACCAGAUCGAUCAAUUCCGCUUGGAUAGUCUACGAGAGGUCGAAAAGGCGCUCCAUGUGGCGCCUCCCGAAACGAUAUCCAUUGACCCAGAGCGGCCGCUCUACGAGGCCUGUCGGCGCAUGCUCGAGUCUCGCGCCAGGAGGAUUCCUUUGGUUACUUUCGACAGUCAGACCGAUCGAGCCCUCGUUCUGAGUGUUCUCACCCAGUACCGCAUCCUAAAGUUUGUCGCCGUCAACGUCAAUGACACGCAGAAGUUACGGAAACCCCUUGGUGAGAUCUUGCUGGGCUCGUAUCACAAUAUCGCAGUCGCAUCGAUGGAUACACCUGUCAUUGACGUGAUUCACAUUCUCGUCUCACGGAGCAUAUCAAGUGUCCCCAUCAUCAAUACUGAAGGUGUUGUGUACAACGUCUUCGAAGCUGUCGACGUGAUAACGUUGAUCAAAGGAGGUGUAUAUGACGAUCUGAGUCUAACGGUGGGUGAGGCGUUGAAGAAGCGAUCUCCGGACUUCCCCGGUAUCUACACAUGCUCCCUGAACGAUGGUCUGGAUACCAUUUUCGACACGAUUCGCAAAUCCCGUGUACACCGCCUGGUUGUGGUGGACGACAACUUCCGGCUAAAGGGUGUCCUAACCUUGAGUGAUAUCCUCCAGUAUAUCCUCUUGGAGGGUGAGAAUGACGAGUCAUCAUGAACAAUGUAUUUUGCGCUUGUCGCGCAGCUACGCAUAUUUACAACUUGCAUGGAAAGGCGUUCUUGCGUGCCAGUGUCGGUUCCGGGACUUCCUUGGUUGGCAACGGUAGCCCACUUGCACGACAUUGACUUUAUUAUACGGUUCUACCCUCUUAUAUUGCUUCUUGGUAUUUGAGCACUUGGGCUUUUGUCCGUCUUCUUUGAAAUGCAAAAGUAGACGGUACUUUAUGGCGCAAAGGUCUAUAUCCCGGUUACAAAGGCACUCGUGUACACAAUACAUCUAGACAUUGUCAUUGAACUUCAGCUGUAGAAAUUUGGGCAGCUCGCCGUGAGAAGUCGGUUGUUAACUGUGAGCAUGGCUGUUGCAGAUGUCAUAGCAAGUAACUCCAUGCG